UUUCCAGCUAUAUAAUAGUCUCACUCACAUUCAAUCUUUGCAGAAUCUGGAAAACUACACAACAUCCACAUACUUUGCAGCUGAGUUCAUCUUCAAAAGUCUUCUACUAUCAGAACCAUGGUGUGCCAUAAGGAGUUCCAGACUGCAGGAAAGGGGCCUGGUCUUCAGGUAUGGCGUGUGGAGAAGAUGGAUCUGAAGCCGGUUCCUAAACAGCUCUAUGGGAACUUCUUCACUGGAGACUGCUACGUUCUGCUCUACACCACCGCCGCCCCCUCAUACUACAUCCACAUGUGGCUGGGAAGUGAGAGUUCUCAGGAUGAGAAUGGUGCGGCGGCCAUCUUUAGCACCCAACUGGAUGAUUUCCUGGGCGGAGGCCCGGUCCAAUUCAGAGAGGUCCAGAACAAUGAGUCUCUCACCUUCCUGGGUUACUUCAAGUCUGGCAUCAAGUACAAGCAAGGUGGAGUGGCCUCUGGCUUCCAGCACGUGGUGACCAACGACAUGAACGUCAAGCGUCUGCUGCACGUCAAGGGCCGCAGGGUCAUCAGAGCCACGGAGGUGGACAUGUCCUGGUCCAGCUUUAACAGUGGGGACUGCUUCAUCAUCGACCUGGGAAAAGAUAUCUUCCAGUGGUGUGGCAGUGAGAGCAACCGCUUUGAGCGUCUGAAGGCAUCCGAGGUGGCCAUCGAUGUCCGUGACAACGAGAGGAAUGGCCGUGCCAAGCUGCAAAUUGUUGAGGAGGGAGGAGAGCCAGAGGCUAUCAUCGAAGCUCUGGGGCCCAAACCCAACAUCCCUGCAGGAAGCCCUGAUGACGAGACUGUUGAUAGAUCCAACAAGAAGGGAGCUCUCUACAUGAUCUCUGAUGCGGCAGGCUCCAUGAAGGUGUCAGUGGUGGCCCAGACCAGCCCCUUCAAACAAGAGAUGCUCUCCCCCAGCGAGUGUUAUAUUCUGGACAAUGGAGGAGACAGCAAGAUCUUUGUUUGGAAAGGACCUAGUGCCACCACAGCUGAGCGCAAGUCUGCCAUGAAUGCUGCAGAACAGUUCAUCAAGGAGAAGAAUUACCCCAAGCACACCCAGGUCCAGGUGUUGCCAUGUGGAGGAGAGACUACCCUGUUUAAGCAGUUCUUCUGUAACUGGAAGGACAAGGACCAGACCACGGGCCCAGGCCAGGCCUACAGUGUGGGACGUAUUGCCAGGGUGGCGCAGGUCCCCUUCGACUCCUCCGCCCUACACACCAACAAGACCAUGGCAGCCCAGCACGGCAUGGUGGAUGACGGAUCCGGGAAGGUUCAGGUGUGGCGUGUGGAGGGUGGUGACCAGGUGCCAGUUGACCCUUCCAGCUAUGGCCAGUUCUAUGGAGGUGACUGCUACCUGGUCCUGUACAGCUACCGCCUGGGAAGCAGGGAGCAGCAUAUCAUCUACACCUGGCAGGGGCAGAAGUGUACUCAGGAUGAGCUGGCUGCUUCUGCCUUCCUGACGGUCAGGCUGGACGACUCCAUGGGAGGCUCACCUGUCCAGGUGCGUGUGACUCAGGGCAAGGAACCGGCCCACCUGAUGAGUCUGUUCAAGGGGAAACCCAUGGUGAUCCACCUGGGCGGAACAUCCCGUAAGGGGGGCCAGAGCAAGGUGGGCUCCACACGCCUAUUCCACAUCCGCCAGAGCUCCACCAAGGCCACACGGGCUGUCGAGGUGGAGCCCUCUGCUGCGUUCCUGAACACCAAUGAUGUGUUUGUGCUGAAGUCCCCUGACACUGUGUUCCUGUGGAGGGGAGUGGGGGCCUCUGAGGAGGAGCUGGCUGCAGCCCAGUACGUCACCUCUUUCCUGGGAGGAGGACGUGCCACUGAGGUGUCAGAGGGCAAGGAGCCUGCUGGGUUCUGGUCUGCUCUGGGAGGGAAGAAGGAGUACCAGACCUCCAAGAAUCUGCAGAAGAUGGUCAAGCCACCACGCCUGUUUGGCUGCUCUAACAAGACUGGCAGGCUCAUAGCUGAAGAGGUGCCUGGAGAUUUCAACCAGUCAGAUUUGGCAACCGAUGAUGUCAUGAUUCUGGACACUUGGGAUCAGAUCUUCCUCUGGAUAGGCAACGAGGCCAAUGAAGUGGAGCGUACCGGAUCAUCAAAAAUUGCCAAAGACUAUGUGGAUUCGGACCCCUCUGGUCGCCGGGGCAUUGCCAUCACCACGAUCAAGCAGGGAAUGGAACCGCCAACCUUCACUGGCUGGUUCCAGGCCUGGGACCCCAAGAUGUGGGAAACAGACCCCCUGGAGCGUAUCCGUGCCCGCUUUUAAACUCUGUCACUUGCAAAUGUUUGACAUAACAAUGAGUGACAAGGAGUAUUAUGUCUUUAUUUUACUAUUAUCAUGUAUAACCGUGUGGCUUCUCAAUAAAACAAGUGCCAAUGCUCAAACGCAAUAAUUAAAAGGGGAUAACUAAA